GCAUCAUCAUAACACAGAAGACUAAACGGAUCUAUUUACGAAAGCAGUGCUUCAACAAACCUGUCAACUGUCUGCUCACUUUUGUGAGAGCGUCACAUCGGCCUUAUAUUGGCGACGUAGUAUGUGCAGUAUGUAAAUAUAACAACAUCGAAAGAGCCUUAAGUCUAGAUUAUAGUAGAUACCUAUAACGAGACGGAAAUGUUAAUUGUGCCUUUACAUUGUGUAUUAGACUUAGGUUGCGUGCUUAUAAGUUAUUAAGCUUUUACACCUUUGAUACAGAUUUAAUGAAUUUAUUGCUGACCAAAAACUCCUGGAAAUGUUUUUAUAUUUAGGUUGUAUAAUUAAAUUAAUUUUUAUGUAGCGCCUUUCACAACAGUCGCCCCAAGGCGCUUUACAUGGGUGUGUUGUGGUGCAUUCCUGCAUCAUUUGUAAAGCAUAGUUCAAAAACAGGGAUGAGGGAAGACAAAGAAAUGAAAGAAAGCAAGCUACAGUACAUGACAGCAAAGGACAGGAACGAAGGAGGAAUAAAAAAAUAAAAAGCAGCGCAUGACGUAGAUGUUGAAAUUCGACUCAAAUUAAUUUAAUUAAUGAAAUAAUUCGUGCAUCCAAAUAAUUGACCCCAAAAACUAAAAUAUGAACGUAUUAAGUACUUUUAUUGUAUAAGCACGACGUGUAUUUGCAUAAUGUGUAUUCGAGAUGUGAUAUGCUAAAAUGAAGCUCCGAUUGAGGUAACUGGGCCGCUGACUAAAGAAUAGUAAAAGCAGUAUACUACUUUUGUGGUUAACACGGGGGAUAAGCCCAAAUUCGAUUUCGGCCGUUUUCGCUUGCACAGCAUAUUUCACGUUGUCUUGUCUUUGCCAUUUCACAUGAGGGAAUAUUCUCUAAUAACAUAUAUCACGCGAAACGUCUUUGAACAAAAAAGGUUGUUGAAACAAUAUAUGCCCCUAUGAAUAGGGCUGUACCAUUAUCCAAAAAAGUACUUUUACAGGGGACCCGGUCCGCUUCAUUAUGGUGUGUAGGGGUGAAACCUUUGUGAAACGUCGCUAAGACUUUUCGAAUGCUGUCGCUGAUGCAAGUAAGCCCACCAAGCUUUCCGCCUUGUUCAAAAUUAAAUAUCCAGGCGCUAUUGAUCUGGUCAUGCUAUAACCGCUCCCCCACGGGCCACAAUGGUUUGUUCCCGUCGUUCAGCUUUCCGAACUCUAAGCCCCGGUGCAGAGUGGAGCGGAGCACCGUAGGCGUUCGGUGUGGGUGUCUCUCUUCGCGGACCGGGCAUGACUGGCAGCAGAGGCACGGACGGCACCCCCUGAAGCGUCUCCACAGAGCAGCGGCGAUAUGGCCCAUGCUGUGAGCUUUGACCUCCUGGAUCCCAUGCUGGAGAGCCCGGUGGACGAGAACCAGGUGCACUCCUCCUUCUGCCAGCUGAUCAAUGAGCAGAGCCACCUAGAGGAGCAGCAGACACAGGAGCUGGAGUUAGAGGAGCUGGAGUUUGAGAAGGAGCUGGCGGAGGAGGAGCUGGCGGAGGAGGGCCGGGAUGCUGUGGGCUACCUGCCGGGCCCGUCGGCACCGCUGCUGGAGCAGCCGUGGUCCGCCGCCACUCUCAAGGUGCUGUCGGCCAUGCCGAGCCGAACCAUCGGCCGGAGUCGGGGGGCCAUCCUAUCGCAGUACUACAACCGCACCCUUCAGCUGCGCAGGCGCCGCUCCACCCGGCCCGCCCUGCAGGACUUCUCCCACGCGGCGCGGCCCAGCAUCCGCGGCUACCGCAUAGAGACUGACUCCGCAGACGAGAACAGGAGGGACCAGCUGGUGAACAACCUGCAGAACCUUCCGGCCAGCGACCGCGUGCGCAUGCUGCGGGCCAUGCCGAUUAGCCUCGCAGAGAAGAGCGAGCUGAGGAGGCUAGCGUUAAGUUACAAGGAGGGACAGACAUCCCUCAGCGGAAAGAUUCCCUGCUGCAGCAACCUCAAGUAUUACAUCAUCAUUGCACUGCGGCAGGGCUGGUACAGCUGGCUCUCCAUGCUGCACUCCCUGCAGCCGUGGAAGAUGGCAUUGAAGCGUGUGAGCGGCCGCUUUGGCACGGGCGUGCUAUCCUACUUUGUCUUCCUCCGGACCCUGCUGCUGUUCAAUGUCCUGCUCCUCUUCAUCAAUGGCUUCUUCCUAGUCAUCCCACAGGCAGUUCACCCCCCACCCCUCACCAGCACCCCCGUGAAAUUCACAGGCCUGGAGCUCGUCACCGGAGCUGGAUGCUUUUCCAACUCUGUGAUGUAUUAUGGUUACUACACCAACUCUGCACUAAUGGGAAGCUGCCAGCAGAACAGCACAGAGCCCCCGAGUCUGCUUCAGUGCCCCCCCGAAACCUUUGGCCUGGACUACAACAUGCCGCUGGCCUACUUCUUCACCGUCGGUAUUGCCUUCUUCAUCACCUGCAUCAUCCUCGUUUACAGUAUGUCCAAAUCGUUUGGGCAGAGUUUCCGUGUGGACAAACCUCAGGGCAGCCUGGCCCUCAAGGUCUUCUGCUCCUGGGACUUCAGGGUCAUCAAGAAGACCUCCAUGAAGCUGCAGGCUGAGAACAUCAGCACACAGCUCAAGGAGCUGCUGUCGGAGCUGAGCUGUCGCGAGGAGCGUCGGGGUCUGGCCCAGAGGCUGGCUCGACACCUCGUGCACCUGCUGGCCUGGCUCAUGUGCAUCGGCAGCACCGUGGCCUGCGGCCUGGCUGUCUACUACUUCUCAGAGUACCUGCACAAGAAGUGGGUGGCAGAUCAUGGCCCCCAGGAGCUGGGCUCUCGCGGCCCACUGGAGGAGGUCAGCUUGCUGGCGCUGCCUGUGGUCGUGUCCAGCUUCAACCUUCUGCUGCCUGGCUUCUUCAACACCGUGGCCUGGAUGGAGCAGUAUGACUCGCCCAGCGUGCUCACCUACGUCUCCAUCGUCAGGAACCUCAUGCUGAAAGUGUGCCUCCUGGUGGUACUGUGCUACCAUUGGCUGGGCCGGAUCGCCGCUGGUCCGAAAGAGCUAAAACUGAAGUGCUGGGAGAGCUUUGUGGGCCAGGAGAUGUAUCGCUUUCUCAUCAUGGACUUCAUCUUCACCAUGCUGGACACCUUCUUUCUGGAAUUCCUCUGGAAGAUUUUCUCCCAGAAGGCUCUGAAGAGGAAGAGGAAGCCCGUGUUUGACAUCGCUCGGAAUGUUCUGGAGCUUAUCUAUGGACAGACGCUCGCCUGGCUGGGAGUGUUGUAUGCCCCCCUGCUGCCUGCUGUUCAACUCAUCAAGCUUCUGCUGCUCUUCUACAUGAAGAAGGUAAGGCGAAUGUGUGUGUGGUGUAUGUGUGUGUGUUUGUGUGUGUGUGUGUGUGUGUGUGUGUGUUUAUUCAUGGGGCUGAUCAUGGGCUCCUUACCCCCCAGGAUUAAGCCCUCGGAACAGUGCGGACCUUUCCAGAACCUGACCACCAUGUUCCAGUCGGGAAAGUUGUGGGUACAGCAGCUGGAGAAGCAGAACCCCAGGCUGGCCUGGCUGGCCUGGGUGCACACUUACCUGGUGGAGAACCCCCUCUUUCUCUUUGUGUCUGCCGGAAUCUUCCUGGUUGUCAUUUAUUUCCACACCCAAGUGGUCGACGGGCAGCGGAAGAUCAUCAGCCUCCUGCAGGAGCAAAUCGAGAACGAGGGGUUCGACAAGAAGUUUCUCAUCACCAGGCUGCAGGCUAUCCACGAGCAGAAACGUCCACAGCAGAGACCCAAGGCAACAGGAAGUGAGGGCUCUGACGUGGACGAGUGACGCUCUGCCCCACAUGCCGGCGUCCACCUGUUUGUGAUCACUGUUGCUAAAUGUGUCCUCCCCUCCCCCCUUGUGAGGAGGGCUGGGGGGGACACCGCCCCCAACAGGUGGGCAAAAUCUCAUCAGAGAGAUGUAUUUUUCUAAAAACUGACUUUUUGGGCAACUGCGUUUUCCAGGACUAAAAUCAGUCCCCAUUUUACCUCUUAUUUCCUCUUUUAUUCUUUAGAACAAAAGUAGCGACAUGGAAUUAAAUUCAGUUACACUGGCUACAAAGUACUACCAAAGUUUGUGUAACAUUUUGUACUAUUUCCACUAGAGGGGGACAGAGAGUUACAUUUUAUAUACCUUAAUGGACAUUAUGUGAAUGUGACUACUGAACAUUGAGUUGUUUCAGUACAAUUUAUAAUUUAUGUUGUGUGUUUUUUAGAAUACUGUGAAUUGUAUAUAAAUAGUUUUUCCUUCUGUAAAACUAAAUCAACGUGUGUUUAUUUGACGAGAGAAAUAAAAGGAGGAUGAGCUGGU